AUGUUUGGAAGAAUGGAAGAUGAUUUACAAUUGUUUGCAUAUCUUUCCAAAUUGGAGUAUGCAGUUGGCAGAGAAAAUUGUGACAUAAAUUUGACUACAGACGAAAAGUCUUUUGAACACCUACUUUUUAUAUCUAGGACACAUUUUAAACUUAAACGAGACAGUAGGAAUUCUCCUGUUUAUUUAGAAGAUUUUUCUCGAAAUGGAACAUUCAUAAAUGGUGAAAAAGUUGAAAAAGGAAACCAAAGAAUAUUGCAAAAUGAAGAUGUUAUAGCAAUAGGUAGUGAUUUCAGAAAAUUGUUUAGAUUUUUUUAUCGUUUCACACAUACUGUGGAUAAAAUCCCAAAUCUCAUCAAAGAUGACUACUACAUUUCUCGUUUGCUUGGAAGCGGUGCAUGUGGUGCUGUGAGAUUAAUUAUUAACAAAAGUACAUGUGAUAAAUUUACUAUGAAGCAGAUCAUCAAGAGUAAAGCAGAUGGUGAAAAGAAAUUAAACCAUCCUAAUCGUAUUAUGAAAGAAAUUAAUAUUAUGAAAAAAUUAGAUCAUCCAUUCAUAGUUAGUAUCUACAACAUUGUUGAAACUCCUGAAGCAGUAUUUUUGAUAUUGGAACUUAUGAAUGGAGCUGUUGCUGUUAAUUACUUACAUUGGCAGAACAUUACACAUAGAGAUUUAAAACCUGAGAAUAUUCUGUUACAAAGCAAUAGUGAUGAUUCAAUAGUCAAACUAUCAGAUUUUGGCUUAAGUAAAAUUGUUGAAGGUGACACAGUGUUAAAAACUGAAUGUGGUACUGCAUGGUAUGUUGCUCCCGAAGUGAUAUUAAAGAAUUAUAAAACUUAUACUGAAAAAGUUGAUGUUUGGAGUCUAGUUAAUGCUGAAUGCAAAGAUUUAAUUUCUAAAAUGUUACAAGUAGAUCCAAAAACUAGAUAUAGCAGUUCCGUAGUUCUUAAUCAUAAAUGGUUACAGGAUCCCGAUGCUAUUAAGCGUUAUAAUGAUUUAUUAAAUCAGGAAAAUGAAAAAAAGGAAAUUACUGUUUUUGAUUUGGAAGAUUCAAUAAAUGAACAUUAUAAUAAUUCUUGUCCUGAAAAUUGUCUAGAUAUAAUAGAAUCACCUGCCAAACGUCAUCAAAGUCUACUUAUUUUUUAG